GGCUCCGCCCCCCGUGGCUGGGAAGGCGGAGCAGACCGGCCUCAGAAGGCGACGGGACUCUGGGCGAUGGCGGCGCCCGGCGCGCUGCUGGUGAUGGGCGUGAGCGGCUCGGGGAAAUCCACCGUCGGUACCCUGCUGGCAUCCCAGCUAGGAUGGAAAUUCUACGAUGCAGAUGACUAUCACCCAGAGGAAAAUCGAAUGAAGAUGAGAAAAGGGAUACCUCUGAAUGACCAGGACAGGAUUCCAUGGCUCUGCAACUUGCACGACAUUUUACAAAGAGAUGUAGCCUCUGGACAGCAUGUAAUACUUGCCUGUUCAGCUCUGAAGAAAGUAUACAGAGACAUCUUAAUACAAGGAAAAGAUGGUGCACCUCUGAAGUGUGAUGAGUCAGGAAAGGAAGAAAAGCUGGCUGAAGUGAAGCUCCUUGUGGUCCAUCUGACUGGGUCAUUCGAGGUCAUCUCUGGACGCUUACUCAAAAGAAAAGGGCAUUUUAUGUCCCCUGAGUUAUUGCAGUCCCAGUUUGAUACUCUGGAGCCCCCAUCAGCUCCAGAAAAUUUCAUUCAAAUCAGUGUGGACAAAAAUCUUUCAGAGAUAAUUGCUACAAUUAUGGAAACUCUAAAAUGAAGUGAGAAUCAUUUAUAUCAGUGGUCCAGAACACAACUGGGCAUAACUCUGUCUCCCAUCCCAAACCAUGUUCCAGUAUCCUUGUUGAUACUGUAUUCUAGAUUCUUCUUAAGGUGAAUAAACCAUAAUGUAUUGAGAUAUGCUUGUUUGGGUGGAUUUUUAGGAAUCUGUGAUACUUUUGUCAUCAUGCUCUGGCAUAUUCAGAGAAAAGGAGAGGAAACUUUGAAAGUGAAGCUUCAAUUGAAGUUUAAAUUUGUGUGACCCAAUCAAAUAAUCAGAGGAAAUUCUAUAAUCUAUGCUGUAAACCAUGACUUAUUUAGAACACUCUUGAUCAUGCCUGUACUUGGACAAAUAAAUGAAACUUGG